AACUUGUCGAAAGGCAAGCUCAUGACAUGAUGUUUCCAAGUGGACUUCCGACUCUAUAUUGCGAACUCACUGAAAGCUAAAAGCUCUUGAUGAAACAAAUUAACAGAGCUUGAUUCCGUCAUAUUGUGUUAUCUUGUUGUAUAACUUGUGGCCCAAUGUUCAUUUCCGAGGUUUCCUCAUGACCGACGAUUUCAUGACGAAAACCUGACUCGUAUGAUUUCGUGAAAGAAUAGCUCCGCCCUAAUAAGGUUCAGCGCGUUUUUUCAGUUUUGUCGUGAAGUGUUUGUUAUUGUGGCCCAAAGGUUGUUUCUAAGGAGUAUUCUUUUUCCAUUGUCCGCGUUUUAAGACACUGUGACACCUGUGCUGUGGAGAAACAACCAUGCAUGAAGUGACGUAGGAUGACGUAACGUCAUCUAUUUUCGAUUUGAACAAGGAAAAAAGCAUUUAUGCAUGCCGGUAACAUAAGUCGUGUCAAUUAUGUUGAUCAAGUUAAUUUCGAUUGCCUAUGGUUCAGAGAGGAACGUGGCGAGCUGCUCUUGUAAAAACAGCCCAUCGUAUUUUGCAGAGGUAAGCACCACCGUUUUCAACUUGCUAAGGAAAUGAAACACUGUAAAUGUCGACUGGCCCGAAAGACUCAUCGAAUCUGCUUCGAAAUCGCUGUGUUUGGCGCCGCUAGCGUGGGCAAGACAUCGCUUCUGCGACGAUCAUUUGUUGGCGAAUUUUUCGAGGAAUAUACUCCCACUAUAGAAGAUUACUACAGCCACGAGAUACAAAGACAAGGUGGUGUGACGGUUUUGAACACUACAGACUGUGCUGGAUGCUUUCAAUUCCCAGCUAUGAGAAAACUGACAAUCCAGAAGGCCGCUGGAAUAGUGCUGGUGUUCUCGUUAGACAGUGAAUUCUCAUUUCGCGAGCUUCAAAGAUUGCUUGACGAAAUUGUCAAGGUUAAAAGCGAGGAAGGAGUACCUAUUGUUGUAGUCGGGAACAAAAAAGACUUAAAUGUGCGGGAAGUCACAGAAGAAGAUGUAGCAGAACUGAUAAGACUCCACAGCUCAGAUAAAUUUCAACUUCGGUACGUGGAAACAUCAGCCAAAGACAAUCUUAAUGUGUCAGAAAUUUUUAGUCACCUAUUAACAUUUCUCAUGCCCGAGGCUCCGCCGAAAAAGAAAAGCAAAUUCAAAGUUUUCAACUUCAAAGCGAAAGAAAAGUGCAAUGUUAUGUAAAUUAUUUUCACAAUUUUUAGAAAAGCUUUAGAAAAUAAUUAUUAUGGCACGUUAUUCCAGAUUCUCCAUGCUUGUGAGAUAUUUGAUGAGAUUGUUGUACAUAUUCAAAUUAGUCUGGAGUAAUUUACUAUUAAAUGCGAUUAUGGAACCUUU